GCCCAUCUUGCUAGCACGCAAGUAUCUGUGAUGAUGACUGCUGCCAGACUCCUCGACGAUGUUGCCAACUUUGGCAAGGCCUUCCUCGGCGACCCCAACGACGGCGAAGCCCGGCUUAAACUUGUGGCUGCGGCCGAGGCGCUCACGCUGGAGCUGUACACACCCUUUGAGUUUGCAGUGAGGAUCGGCUGGGGCGAGGCUUCGAGGACGGCGGCUGUGCGAGUCGCCGUCGAUCUCGGCCUUCUCAAGAAGCUGUCCGACGAACCACAAAAUAGCGAGCAACUGGCCGCUGGGACCGUGGCGGAUCCAGUCUUAGUUGCGCGGAUCUUUAAGCAUCUGGCGGCGACCGGCAUCGUCAGGGAGGUUGGCAGGGACUCGUACGUGAGCACGCGGUUCUCCCGGUCGAUGAACGACCCAGACAUACGCGUGGCGCUACAGUACACGUGCAUGACGACGAUACCUACGUUUGCGUCUCUCCCAGAGUUCCUGGCCAAGACAAACUACCAAAACCCGAAGAAUGGCGAGAAGUGCGCGCUGCAGCACGCCCUGGGCACCAAGGAGACGUUCUUCGGCUUGAUGCGACGGGACGCGGGCUUGGGCGCGGGCUUUAACCAGUUCCUGAGGGCAUACGCCAGCUCGGUGCCGUCGUGGACCGACAUGUAUCCCGUGAGGGAGCGGCUGGGGGCGCCGGGCCUGCGGACGUCGAGCCCGCUCCUCGUCGACGUGGGCGGCAACCUGGGCCACCAGCUGGCGGACCUGCACCGGCGCUUCCCCGACCUGCGCGGCGGGCUGGUGCUGCAGGACCAGGCGGACAUCGUGGCGGCGGCCGAGGCGUCGGGCCAGCUGCCGCCGCCGCCGCCGGGGGGCCGCGGCGUGACGACGGUCGCGCACGACUUCUUCACGGCGCAGCCGGCGUCGUGCCGGGGGGCGCGGGCGUACUACCUGCGGCUCAUCCUGCACGACUGGCCGGACGAGCAGUGCGGCGUGAUCCUGUCGCACCUGCGGGACGCCAUGGCGCCGGGGUACUCGCGGCUCAUCAUCAACGACCUGGUGCUGCCGGACAGGGGGGCGUCGUGGCGGCAGACGAGCCUCGACAUGGUCAUGAUGGCGCUGCUGGUGAGCCAGGAGCGCACCGAGAGCCAGUGGCGGGCGCUGCUGGAGGGCGCGGGGCUGCGGAUGAGCGGCGUGUGGCACAAGGAGGGCGAGAGUGUGAUUGAGGCCGUCUUGGCCACGGACUGAGGAGGAGGAGGAUGGUGAUGAUGAUGUUGUUGUUGUUGUUGUUGUUGUGGUUGCUGGUGGUGG